GCAUGUUGAUUGGCUACCGCGUGAACUUCCGCCACACAGCAAGCGUUGCCGCAUCCUAUGAGCAGAAGCUAUAACUUACUGCACCAACAGUGCAGCUGUAAAGAACAGGCCAAAGAUCAUUUAGAAAAUUGUUUAUUGAUCGCAAUCUCGUGGGAAUAGUCGAGUAGUCCGGACGUGCUUAGCGCGCGCGCCUGUGAGGUCUUUGUUUUUUGCGAGCCGCAUAUUUUUAGAUAAAUGUUCCACCUCGAUGGAGUGCAAGUAACUUUAUUUAUCAUAUUAACCUUAGUUGAUGAUAAAGGAGACUAAACCGUCGAACUGUGCCUGCCAUAAUUGAGAAACAGAACAGAACAUUUAUUGAUCGGUUUACUAUCGGUGAACACUUACUCUAAAGUGCAUAUCGGAAGAGCAGUUGAGAAACCGUUGUGUUCGCUGAACGUAGCCAUCGUCAGCUUGCAUGUAACAGCACUGUAUUUGCAAUUGUUAGUUUUUAUUAAUUACUAGUUACUAAAUAAAUAGUACAAGUUACUAAAUAAAUAGUACAAUGGUCAAGUGUUGUUUUGUACAAGGUUGCAAAUCGAGUAAAUAUAAAAAAACAAAAGUGAGAAAGUAUAGAGCAAAGAAAAAACUCUUAACAUUGUUUGGAUUUCCAGCAGACCCAAUUCUUAAAGGAAAAUGGAUAGAAGCACUUAUUAACUCAGGUCACAGUAAAGAAUAUAUAGCAACGAUUUCAAAAUAUAGCCGUAUAUGCAAUCGACAUUUUGCUGAAGAUUGCGUUGUAAUCACUUCAAAUAUUACUCGGUUGAAACCAAACUCUGUGCCAACAAUAUUUCCAAAACCAUUGACAGAAAGCAUGGCUGAUAUAAAGAAUAUCAUAUCAUCUGAUAUACCAUUCAUAGAAAUGAAAACUGUUGAUCUAGGUGAAGACAUAAUUUAUGAGACUUCUUCUAAAGAAAUAGUUUUCUAUAUAGAUAAUAUCAAAUCAGAGAAAUUGGGAAGUAUAUAUAUGGAGAAUAUUCAUGAGACUUCUUCAAAACAAAGAGUAUGCUACACAGGUGAUGACGAGUCAGAAAAUUUGGGAAGCAUAUGUGAAGAGGAGACUCCUUUAAUAAAACGAUUGUCCUGUACAGGAAUAUAUGACAAGGAACAUGGCGAAUCACCAAAAUUCAAAAACCUAUACGAAAAGAUUAAUGAAUUAAAACUGGAAAAGAAGCAAAUUCGGGCGAUUUUCUUGUACGAAUUCAAAAAAGGUCGUAAAGCAGCUGAAGUGGCUCGCAGUAUAAAUGAUGCAUUUGGACCAGGAGUCGCUAACGAACGUACAGUGCAAUGGUGGUUCCGAAGAUUUCGUGAUGGAGAUGAGAGCCUUGAAAAUGAAAGGCGCUCUGGACGACCAAUGACCAUUGACGACAAUCACUUGAAGAUGUUAAUUGAAAUAGAUCCGCACACAACGAUUCAAGAACUUGCGAAAGAACUUGGCGUGAGCAAAUCAACUAUUUCUGAUCAUCUGGAGCGAAUUGGAAUGACAGAAAACCUCGACAAAUGGGUACUACAUGAAUUGAGCGAAAAACACCAAAAUCGUCGUUUGGAAGUGUGUUUUUCAUUGAUUUUGCGUAACCAAAAUGAUCCGUUUCUUGAUCGCAUUAUAACGUGUGAUGAAAAAUGGAUCUUGUACGACAAUCGUCGAAGGUCUGCGCAAUGGUCAGAUCGUAAUGAAACGUCCCAACACUUUUCGAAACCGAAACUGCAUCAAAAGAAGACCAUGCUGACUGUUUGGUGGUGGUCAGCCGGGAUAAUCCAUUACAGCUUUUUGAGUCCGAACAAAACCAUCACAGCAGAAAAGUAUUGUCAAGAAAUCAACAAAAUGCACCAGAAACUGGCACUUAUGCGUCCGGCAUUGGUCAAUAGGAAAGGCCCAAUUCUCCUGCAUGACAAUGCUCGAACACACGUCACACAACUAACGUUGCAGAAGUUGAACCAGCUGGGAUAUGAAACUUUGAUUUAUCCACCAUGUUCACCGGACCUCUUGCCAACCAACUACCACUUCUUCAAGCAUCUCGACAACUUCUUGCAGAAGAAAACCUUCAACAACGAAGCCGCUGUUCAAAACGCCUUCGAAGAGUUCGUCGCUUCCAGAAAUCCAGAAUUUUAUGUUACAGGAAUAAAUACACUCGUCUUUCGUUGGCAAAAAUGUGUAGAUUCUAAUGGUUCUUAUUUCGAUGAAUAAAAUUUACUUUGAAUUGAAAUAUCUGUAUUUGAAGUUUAAAAACUGCAAUAACUUUCUGGAUAACUUAAUGAUACUCAAAGAUCUCCAAAGGCUUCACAAGGAGCUGUUGGAAAUAUAAAAAAAAAAAAAGUGAAACUACUGAAACAAAAAACAAUUAUCUCGACACCGACUUAAUCGGUGAGAUCGUCGGAGGAUCCCAAUAACGCGCGCGGCCACGAAUUUAUAUUCCGGAACUACAAAAUCUCACCACCAUCACAAGGAACAUAAAAAGGGUAAAAAAAAAAACCACUCUCCUCAAAAUACAUCCAUACAAAAUUCAAAGAAAAACACCAAAGCAUGUAAAAAAGUCAAACCACGACUCCAAAUUACGGGGGCCGUACAAAACAAGUUUAAAGAAUUUCAAAAAACCAAAUGUAAGCAACAGGCGUAUGAUCACCACGUAAUCAACCGGUGUGCUAUGGUCAACUAAAGCGGUCGCUUCUGCCGAGCGCCCUAAUAUAGUCGCC